AUGGAUCCCGCGGGAUUCGCGCCUGUCUGCCGCGAACUCUACUCGCUGGCGGUGCUGGAGCGGCCGGAGGUCUGCGUGCCGCGCGGUAUCCAGCUCGGCGUCCGCUCUGAGCGGCUGCUGAACACCGUUUUCAAAUGUGUAUGCGUGCGGCUGCUGGAUGUGUCUGGUUGGGAGCGGUGGAACGACCGUCUGGUUCAGCGUCUCGCGCUGUGCCACCGUAUGGGCCAGUUCCGGUGUCUACGAGCUCUGCUGAUGCGUGGCUGCAACGAAAUCUCCAACAAUGCCGUCAGUGGGCUUUUGGAUGCUCUGGGCGGCGAGUUGCAUUACCUAGACCUUAGCGACUGCGCCAAGCUGGGUUCUGCAUGCCUUCCACCCACUCUAAACAACCUAAAGGUACUGCUCAUUGGGUUUCAACGCAAACGCGGAAACCUCGCAGAUGGAGACUUAAUGGCCCACAUCGUUGGAGGGAAGCGCGUAUUUACGCCCCGUCUGGAGUGGCUCUCGCUGCAGCACAGACUUGAAGUCAAAUCGCUGAGAGGGAUCGGACGCCUUGCUCCCACCCUAAGGGUGCUGGAUUUACGCGGGUGCAGCGAAAUACCACCAGAGGAGUACACGCAUUGCGCAUCUUUGGCACGACUAGAGGAAUUAUACGCUGGAACCGCGCUCACCAGCGAGGUGUUAUGCAAUAUCGCAAAGGGCUGCCGUGCACUCAGGGUGCUUGACGUGUCGGGGUCGGAUGUUUCCCCGGAUUGCGUCAAUGCCAUCUGUAGCCAUCUGAAGGCUCUCGAAAAGUUAAAGCUUGCGAAGUGCACGGCGCUCACCAACCAAGACAUCUGCCGACUGCUAGAAUCACUGCCGAUGCUGAGCCUGCUGGACGUAUCGCACUGCUGGAAACUCUCGGACUCCCUAGCAAACACACUGCCGCCAAUCGCAUCUAAAGGUGAAUUAAAUUUGGGGGUUUACAACUGCUCGAUCGACCACACACGCCUGGCAAUGGCGAUAGAGGACCGGCGUGCCCCUACAUCUGGCCCGGUUCGCAUUUUGCGGCACCAGGAAUUAAACGUCCUCCCAUCAGCGAAGUACGUGAGGGAGUAA